AUGCCGCACAUUCAGACUCCACCACCGGACUUUACUACACCCCCAGGCACGGUUCGUCUCCUCAGUGAAAAUGGCGAAUUUGAAACACAAGAGUUCAUGCUCCAGCCGACACCAUCACAGGAUCCGAAUGAUCCCUUGAAUUGGACGCCGACUCGAAAAUUCAUGAACUUCUUCCCAACCCUUGUCGUGACAGCCCUGAUUUUCACCCAAACGUCUCUCCCGGUGGUCUUUUGGGUCCUUUGGAUUCCAGAGUUCGGCUGGAGUUACAACCAGCUCAAUGCCGCAUCUGCCUUGAACUAUGCAGGAACGGCCAUUGGCUGUAUACUCUUCAUUCCUCCGGCUAUCAAGUAUGGACGACGCCCUGUUUAUCUCAUUUCAACUACAGUGGUUCUUGUUGUGGCAGCUUGGUCGGCUUGCUUGAACACCAUUGCCGAAUUAUACGUCUCUCAAUUCUUAUUCGGUCUCGCAUCAGCGACUAAUGAGACAAUUGUGCAAAUGACGGUGGCGGAUCUAUAUUUUGUUCAUCAGCGCGGUAUCGCCAACGGUCUGUAUAUGGUAAUGGUGAUGAUUGGGAGCUUUUUGAGUUCAAUCAUUGCCGGAUAUAUGGCCGCCGAUGGUAACUGGAGAUACUGCUAUUGGGUUACCUUUGCCGUCGAGGCGGUUCUCCUCCUCUACUUUGUCUUUUUCUUCGAGGAGAGCAAAUACAUCGCAACCAUUCAAGGCAGGACACAAGAAACACCUCCAGAAGAGGCGAUUGUUGAUCAGAAGACGGGAGCCGAUUCCGCUUCUCCGGUUCCAUCCCCCAGAAAUUCUCACUCGGACGACAAUUCGAGCGCAGGACCUCGUACCCUCGAUCCGACCAUUCCUCUUUUAACAUGGCGGCAGCGUAUGCGCCUGAUCACUCCAACGGAUGACAGCCUUCUGCAAAUCGCCUGGACAUCUGUUCAAGUCCUAUUCCAAUUCCCAGUUGUCAUGUACACGGCUCUGCAAUACGCAUUUGCCUUAUGCUGGAUCUCAGCCCAGGCUUCUCUCGUCUCCAUGAAUUUUGGCACUGUCGGCGUCGGCAAUAUGAGUCUUGGUGUCUUUAUAGGCUGUAUCCUUGGAUCUAUAUACGGUGGAGCAACUGAUCGGGUGAUCAAAGUUCUUGCUCGACGCAAUUAUGGUUAUUACGAGCCGGAGAUGCGGUUGCAGCUUAAUCACUUUCCUGCUAUUUGCAUGGGUGGUGGGUUCAUCAUGUUCGGGGUUACUACGGCAAAGGGCAUGCAUUGGAUAUGGCCGAGUAUUGGCAGCGCUGUCUUUGGCUUUGGCUUAGGUGCCAUUAGCGAUGUUGCUCUAUGCGCUGUUCAGGAUAGCUAUCAAGCAGUUACUGGCGAGGCAUUCAUCGGUAUCGCAUUCAUCCGAAACUGCUUUAGCAUUGCAAUCUUCUUCGCUCUUGUGCCGUGGAUGGACGCCCAGGGUUUACAGAACAUGUCCAUUGUUAUGGGCGUAUGGGCAACCGUGGUGGCGUUUUUGCACGUUCCACUCAUUGUAUGGGGUAAAAGGUUCCGCAAAAGAACCGCAGCUAAGUAUCAGAAGAUGGUGGAGAAGAGGACGACUGAUCGCCUUUAG